UAAUUAAAUUACUGAUUCACCAGCUUGAUUCACUUUCCAUAGAAAACCAGCCAAAUUCGGCCACUAUAAGUACACGUGUCCACGUUAGUAAUAACAUUCCUCCUACGACACCGACGUACGUACCUAACAAGCACCUGCAAGCUCGCGACACAGGCAGCAGCUCGAUCGGUCACCAUGCUGGGCCUGCUCGCGCACCUCCACGCGGCGCUCGUGUUCCUCCCCAACAACGGCGGCCCGGCCUGGGCCGGGCCAGGCGGCGGCGCGGGGGCGGUGUAUGACGUGACGCGCUACGGCGCCCGGCCGGACGGCAUGACGGACGCGACGCUGCCGUUCCUGCGCGCGUGGGCCGACGCGUGCCGCUCGCCGCGCCCGGCCACGGUGCUGGUGCCGCCGGGCAUGUUCCUGGUGGGGAGCGCCACGUUCAUGGGCCCGUGCGCCACCCGCGCCGUCACGUUCAACGUGGCCGGCACGCUGCUCGCCCCCUCGGGCUACGGCUGGGACAGCGCCUCCCCCGGGCGGUGGCUCACGUUCGAGUCCGUGGAGGGCCUCGCCGUCUCCGGCGGCACCCUCGACGGCCGCGGCGCCCCCCUCUGGGCCUGCAAGCAGCAGCAGCCGCAGCAGCCGCGCCUCCACUGCCCGUCCGGCGCAUCGUCGCUGACGAUCUCGAACUCGAGGGACGUGGUGGUGGACGGGCUGAGGUCGAUGAACAGCGAGCUGUUCCACGUGGUGGUGCUGCAGAGCAACGGCGUGACGCUGAACCGGGUCACGGUGGACGCGCCGGAGGACAGCCCCAACACCGACGGGAUACACAUCCACAUGUCCAGCCACGUCUCCGUGUACGACGCCAACAUCCGCACCGGCGACGACUGCGUUUCCGUCGGCCCGGGCAACUCCAACCUCUGGAUCGAGCGCGUCGCCUGCGGCCCAGGCCACGGCAUAAGCAUCGGGAGUUUGGGCCACCAGCAAGGGCUGGACAUGGAGGACGUGCAGAACGUGACGGUGAAGACGACGUGGUUCACCGGCACCUCAAACGGGCUGAGGAUCAAAACCUGGGGGAGCUCCAAGCAGGGUUUCGUGAGGGGUGUCACCUUCGAGGACGCUACUAUGACAGGCGUCCACAACCCCAUCAUCAUCGAUCAAAAUUACUGUCCCCAAAAAGUUGGGUGCAGCGACCGGAGUUCGAGUAUCAAGAUCAGCGAGGUGAAGUACGUGGACAUACGGGGGUGGUCGACGACGCCGGUGGCCGUGACCUUCAACUGCAGCAGGAGCCACCCGUGCAGCGGGAUCAGCAUGCAGGACGUGAAGUUGAUGUACGACAGGCGCGUCGCCAAAUCCUCAUGCCGGAACGUUCAGGGGAGCCCGACCGUCGGAUUCAGCUACCACCCGCGGCACCCCCACCUACCUACCUCGGCGACUCCCUUCCCCCACUGUUCACCCGGCACCUCACCUGGGCGACUUCCUCCAUUCCCUCCACCAAAGACGCUCACUACUCCCCGGACGGCGGCAAUGGAGCAAGCGAACCCGCGGGCGGGGUCGGCGAGGAACAGGAAGGUGGUGCUGCGGGAUUACAUCAGCCGCGCACCGAGGGAGGACGACAUGGCGCUCGUCGACGGCGGCGCCGUGCCGCUGCGCGUCCCCGAGGGCGCCGCCGGCCCGGCCGUGCUGGUGAAGAACCUCUACCUCUCCUGCGACCCCUACAUGCGCGGCCGGAUGCGGGACUUCCACGGCUCCUACAUCCCCCCGUUCAAGCCCGGAUCUGUUAUAGAAGGGCUGGGCGUGGCGAGAGUGGUGGACUCCACUCAUCCGGGGUUCGUUGCCGGUGACAUUGUUUCGGGAAUGACUGGCUGGGAGGAAUACAGCUUGAUUGACAAACCUGAACAGCUGAAUAAGAUUCAGCAAAGCGACAUCCCACUCUCCUAUCAUUUGGGGCUUCUCGGCAUGCCUGGUUUUACAGCUUAUGUUGGAUUCUACGAAAUCUGCUCACCGAAGAAAGGAGAAUUUGUCUUUGUUUCUGCUGCAUCUGGAGCAGUUGGUCAGAUUGUUGGUCAACUUGCAAAGCUACAUGGCUGCUAUGUUGUCGGAAGUGCCGGAACAAAUCAGAAAGUUGAACUCCUAAAAGAUAAGUUUGGAUUCGAUGAAGCUUUUAAUUACAAAGAGGAGCCUGACUUGACUGCAGCCCUAAAAAGGUACUUUCCUGAAGGUAUUGACAUCUACUUCGAGAAUGUAGGCGGACCAAUGCUAGAUGCUGUACUCCUUAACAUGCGGAUGCAUGGUCGCAUAGCAGUAUGUGGGAUGGUCUCCCAGCACGGCAUGACUGAUCCUUCAGGGAUCCACAACCUCUUCUGUCUGGUGCCGAAACGGAUCAGUAUGAAGGGCUUCAUCCAGAGUGAUUACAUCAAGUUAUUCCCACAGUUCGUCGAUUACAUGACCAAGCAUUACAAGGAUGGCAAGAUUGAAUAUGUAGAAGACAUGAGCAUCGGGCUAGAGAAUGCGCCAGCUGCCUUUGUUGGUCUAUUCAGUGGUAAAAAUGUAGGCAAACAAGUCGUGUGCGUCUCACAAGAGUGAAGUACAUCUACAUUCUGAUGAAUAUUACGACUAUCUCAUGAUUCAAAUACUAAUAAAGAUUGUGAAGCGCUCGUGUUGAUGCGCAAUUA